CCUGCAAUGGACGAUGGGAGCAUCGCUGCGCUGAACGAAGAUGUGCUCGACUUCAUCGUCGAGGCGGCCUCCCUUGUCCAAGCUGUCCCUGCUCUCUCCAGAACAUGCCGAAGGAUCAGGCUGCGCUGUCUGCCGAAUCUUUGCAGGGAAUUCAGCUUGCGGGCCCCCCUCCCCGUCGCACCUAUGGGGUUUGUGCCCGAAGCACUGCGUCCAUAUGUUAGCAUCCUCCACUUUAACGACCAAUGCGGAGAUAUACCUGAUGAAGAAUAUCUGCCACACACGCUCGAGCGUGACCUGCGUUUCACCACCGACCCUCUCUUAUGUGCAGUUUACAGUACGCCCUUCCUCGCUACCGCGCUGGAGAGUAUGCCCCGGCUGCACACUCUGUCAUUUAACCUCCGCUGGCAGCCCGUCCACGGCAUCCCGUGGUCGGUCAUGCAAAUGGUCCUCGCUCUCCCUACCCUCCGACACCUCACAAUUAAUGGUCAUCGGGUUGCUCCCAGUCUAUUGCCAGAGGAGGAGCUCGUCCUUGACCGUUGCGCACCUCUUACCUCCUUCCAGCACACCAUGUCCGAUUAUCGUUGGUGGCGAGAACAGAACUAUCCGGACGAGAGGCAAGCACUUCUGUUCGUUCUCAACAGGACCCACGCUACCCUCGAAACACUGGCGCUUGUGGCGGAAUUGUCGCCUCUCCACGAAAUAUGCAAUACGCUUGAGUGGCCUAACCUCCACGAAUUACGCCUCCUCGGCGAGCACAAGGCGAUCGGAAAUCCCUCACUCCCAUUUAUCACCCUGUUCGCAAACAUGUCCCGCCUACGACGUUUGGAACUGAAGCUCGCGCAACCGAAGGACAUCGAUCCCCAGCCGUUCUGGCCGCCUGGCCUCGAUAUCGUAGAGUGGCCGUGGCCGAAACUCCUUCACCUCACGCUCUCUUGUCCACACGUCGACGACCAAAUCUACGGCGCCCUUCCGUCGACACUUGAAAGCCUCGCGCUGCGUUAUACCCCUCAUAUGCUACGUAGCAACUACGUAGGCACGCGCUGUCAGUGGCCGCUCAUAAGGUCUUCGGAGAUGUUACAAAUCUUACGACGAUGCCGGUGCCCGCGUCUCACCAGUUUGGAGUUGGAGUAUCGCGAGGACGAGGCGGAUCCAGAGCUCAUGCAGCAUAUCGGCGCGUCUUUCCCCGCCUUGACCUCCUUCAAGCUGCUCAGAUACCGGUCGGCCGCUGACGCUGAGGCCGGCCCGCUGGUGAGUUUACGAUAA